CUUCUUCUUUCUCUCUCUUCUGCCUCAUCUCUUCGACUUGAGCCCUUGUCGCUGCUGUCGCUGGCUGACCCGAACUCCCCCAAUUCUGGCCUGUUUUGAGGGGCCACAUCAUCACCCCCUUUGCCUGGCGCGCCCGCGCCCAACCCCGAUCGUCCGACCUGCAAGCACGCCUGGUUACGUCAGCCCUGCCUGCGCCACCUCUUCACCAACCUCAGGCUCCACUGUGGUAAUCCGCACCAACUUUCACACCCGUCUCGUCGGUGCCUGUGGCCGUGCGCUCGCUGCCUGUCGCAUUGCCUCAAAACCUCGUUGCGAACCGCAUUCGCAACUCCUCUGUCCUCUUUCCCUUGACACCUCGUCAAGGUCUGCUCAUGUUUCGAUUCUGGGCAUCCGAAAGGGGAAGUGACAAGACGCUCCAGGCGCCACAGCCGAUCGUGGAUCUUGUAAAACCACUCCAGCCGCAUCUACUCCCCGGCGACACCACGACGAUAGCAUCGUCCACCGUGCAGCCGCCCAAACGGAGGCGGCAGAGCUGCGAUGGCUCAGAUGCGUCGCCCGAUCUGCUUGCGCCUGCCAAGCGCUUGAAAACCGAUGCCGACCCUUGCCAAGAUGUUCCGUCGGCAUGCGACUCGACGUCUGAGCCGAUCCCUGCGACCCCUGAUCUGGAGAGUGCCCGGGACGAGAUCCGCCACCAGUUCGGCCUUGAGAUUCUACUAAAGCAUGAUGAGUUGAGGCUCAUUAACCAGGAACUCGCCAAGUGCCAAGUCGCACUGGAACAGCUGCGGCGCUGCCAUCUCAUUCCUUAUCCUGUGAAUUGUCCGACCCCUGAGGAGAUGCUCAAAGUCAGUGCCGGGAAGGGCCCUGCUAUACAAUCUCGCCCUGGAGAAGCGGUACCCAGAUGGGCGCCUCCAUUUGGUGUUGUCGACGGUCCAUACGCCAGACACUAUGCCAAGUGGCUUAUUCCUGACCCUUCCUUCGACGGCAUGCAACCUGAGUGGCAGUUCACACCGGAAGCUGCUCGUGCAAGAGCUUCGUUCACCGAGGGACGCACGACAAGGAACAGCUUCACCGAAUCUGGAAGCUCACUCAAGGGUCGCUCCGCUCGUGGGGUUGCUGGUCAGAAGCUGCAAUCCUUGUCGAGUGGUUAUCCGCAACCGAAGGACAAGGCUGGUCCAUGUAUCCUGAAGCGAGCCGAUGGUAAGACAGUCAAGCUGGUUUGCUUGGAUUGUAACCGUGAGAACUUCUCAAGCACGCAGGGCUUCAUCAACCACUGUCGCAUCGCUCACAAGCGCGACUUUAAGAGCCAUGAAGAAGCAGCUGUUCACAGCGGCCAUCCCAUCGAGGUGGCGGAAGGAGGUGGAGUUGUAGGAGAAGAAAAGGCUCCGGCGCCCGCAGCACCGAGCUCGACCUCUACCUCCGUGCAUCCUCUCGCCCGGCCCGAUAUGACUGAGCAGCAAGCCUACGUUGCACUUCAGUCAAGGAUCUCGGAAUCUCUCAAGCUCUACCACCAAGGCAAGCUGCCUGGUGUAACUAGCAUUCCUUCUCUGUCCAGCAAGGCUCGCGGUCGUAAGGAUAAGAAGGCGGCUUCUCUGGAGGGAGCUCCAGAUAUGCCUCACCUCUCUCGUCUCCUACAAAGUCGGAAGUUCGACGGCAACCUGCGUGAAUUGGCCGCAGACGCAAAGACCAAGACGCCAUUGGACGAUUUCGCUUCUGGGGAAGAAUCAGAGAUGGCUGAGACCCCUAUUGAAGGCCAUCCUGGAAAGGAUUCAGUCGUGCGGACACCUGUCGUUAUGCGUGUGCCUGCUAAAGCCACACAACAUGCGACCAUGGUGAACACGUCAGCUCGCCCUGCGAGCAGCAAAGGUCGUGUCCCUCCGAUUGCUUUCAAGGCGCCGACGAACUUGGGCUCCAAUCUCGGACCGAAGCACGAGCUCUCAGACGAAGAUUUGGAUAUGGAGGAUGCUGAUAUGAGUCCUCACACCAUGGUCAGCAACAACGCGCCCUCCCUGGUCAGUGACGACGGAGAGUACGACGAUACAGACGACGGCUCCUCUGUCUCUGGCGCCAGCGACAACCUAGAAACCGAGUCGGUCUCUGAUGUGGCUGAGAUCACACUGGACGAUGACCAAGAUCCUCGAUCGCUGCGUCGGGGUUCAAGCGGCGUGUCUGGUGCUGUUAGGCUUGGCAAGGACGAUCCUAAACAUGUCACCCUGAUGACUCCGGUCAAGAACAACACGGCCAGGGACCGACGUCGCAAAGUCUAGACUGGCUUGAAAACUCUGGAAAACGAGGUUCACAUGGCGUUCUCAACUCGCAGGCACGCGCACCCCCACCCACACACGGUUAUUAUAGCCAGGCAGAAAUGCCCAAAAACUCAUUGGAUUCACCUCUCUUCUUGAACCACCACCUUUCAACCAUAUUCUUUUAUUCGACACUUUAUGAUGACAUCCUGGGGACUGAAAGCUGGAGCAAGGACGGCUGCCUGGUUUCAGUACGUCCAGAAACGGAAAAUACGGGGGGACUGAGGCGCCAUGCGGGUUUACAGAAUUUGAGAGACGUCUUGUUAUUGUUUUGAUUUCGUUUAGAGAUGCAUGAUUAUUACACUUCGGCGCUAGGGGAGAUGGGGGAUUUCCGAGAUUGGGGUUCUGUGUUUUUUGCUUGGUGCUCGAUUCCGUUUCGCAGCUGCUGCUUUGCUCAAUGACAUGGCUCCCCGAGAAGAAGGUGGACGUCUGCUGUAUGAUGAUGGGGUUAAGUUAAGAGAGCCCUCGGGCCACCUUAUCUGUAUCAUAGUAUUUAAGGUGGCUCGUGGGUAGGCCGAAUACGAAAGACAAGAGAAGCUCAAUAUUGAGCAACAUGUGAAACUGAGACCAGAGACCUCGUGAAUGUUGGUGACCGUGGUGAUGAAGUGCACGGCCAAGCUCGGUUAUGUUCAGACCGUUGAAGGAGCGGAACGAGGCAGAUGAUCGUCAGUGGCGUUACCUCAGGGGGUAAAGCUUGGGCCUAGCUACAGUAGCUGUUGCACAUUAGCUGCGUUCCUGGACAAUUGACUUUGGGGUCGGUUUUUGAGUUCAAG